AUGUCCACACAGAGGUGGACAGAGCAGGGCUGGGCACUUGUACAGCUGAUGUUGUUGGUGUAUUUUUCUCAUUCUGAGGAAUUAGUGUGCUGGCAGAUAGGGGAUGCUGAGAACCCACAGCUAUCUAAAGAUGGAGACAUUAUACUGGGAGGAAUCUUCUCUUUCCACGGCAGCUGGAAAAUCAGACAGGAUACCUACAUGCAAAAACCACUGCCACUGGGAUGUACCAGUUUGAUUUUCAGACAGUUCCAGUGUGCCCAGGCAAUGAUUUUCGCCAUUGAGGAGAUUAAUAACAGCACAGAUCUACUGCCUGGCAUCUCUCUGGGCUAUAAGAUUUAUGAUGACUGUCAUUCCGAAGCCAAAAGUGUGAGGGCUGCACUGGCCUUGGCUAAUGGUAAUGAAGUUGUAUCUGCACCCACUGAGACACAAUGUACCAGACCUGGACAAGCACAGGCCUUUCUAGGAGGUAGCGCUUCCUCUCCCAGCAUGGCUAUGGCUACUGUCAUUGGACCCUUUCAUGUCCCACUGAUCAGCCACUUUUCCACCUGUUCUUGUCUCAGUGACAAAACCAAAUACCCAUCCUUCCUCAGAACAAUACCCAGUGACUAUUAUCAGAGCAGAGCCCUGGCCCAGUUGGUCAAGCACUUUGGUUGGAUUUGGGUUGGAGCUAUUAGAAGCAAUAAUGAUUAUGGCAAUAAUGGCUUGGCUACAUUCAUAGAAAUUGCACAGCAGCUGGGCAUCUGUCUGGAGUAUUCUGUGUCUUUCUUUACAACAGAUUCAUCAGCUAAAAUAAAAAAGAUCAUUGACACUAUCAAGGCUUCCACCUCCAAGGUGAUUGUAACUUUUCUCUCAGCCACAGAUAUGAAUGUGCUAUUACAUGCAUUGUCUCAGUACAAUCUGACUGGGUACCAGUGGGUAGGAAGUGGGCCAUGGAUCAUUGAUUUUCAAACUGCAGAAAUGGACACACAUCACAUUCUGGAUGGUGCCAUAGGCUUGUCUGUCCCCAAAGCACAUGUCAGUGGCUUAAAAAAGUUCAUAUUAGAUGUGAAGCUACUGAAUUCAUCUAAUCACAAAUUGUUUACAGAGUUUUGGGAGACUUUAUUUAACUGUAAGUUCAAACAGUCAAACUCAUCAGCAGAAAAUCAGAGAGAAUGUACUGGACAUGAAGAUCUGACUGGAGUGAAAAACAGCUUCACUGAUAUGUCAUUCAUGCCUAUAUUGAACAAUGUCUAUAAAGGAGUGUAUGCUGUGGCACAUGCACUUCAUAGUAUUUUUGAAUGUAAUGAAACAUGUAACUACAAUGUGCAACUAGAUCCAUACACGAUUUUACAGCACAUAAGAAAGAUUCAUUUCAAAACCAAGGAAGGAGAUGAGGUUUACUUUAAUGAGAAUGGAGACCCAGCAGAAAAGUUUGAAAUUAUAAACUGGCAGCCAACAGAAAAUGGCAUUGUGGACUUUGUCACAGUUGGUCAUUGUGAUGCAUCUUUACAAGCAGACAAACAGCUGAGUCUACAACUUGAGUCUUGUAUUUGGGCCCAGAACUCAAAACAGGUGCCUGUGUCAGUUUGCAGUGAGAAAUGUCCCCCAGGAACUCGCAAGGUUCUCCAGAAAGGAAAACCUGUCUGCUGCUAUGACUGUAUCAGAUGUGCAGAGGGAGAAAUAAGCAAUAUGACAGAUUCUAUCACCUGUGAGCGAUGCCACCCUGAGUCCUGGUCCAAUGACAGAAGAGAUGCCUGUGUAAAGAAGGAGGCAGAGUUUCUAUCAUAUGAGGAAAUUAUGGGAGCACUGCUCACUGCAGCGGCCUUAUUUGGAACAUGCAUGACUGCUGUUGUGGCAGCCAUUUUCUUCACAUACAGGACAACUCCUAUUGUCAGGGCCAACAACUCUGAGCUGAGCUUCCUGCUGCUCUUGUCCUUGACUCUGUGUUUCCUGUGUUCUCUGACCUUCAUCGGCCGGCCCUCUGAGUGGUCCUGCAUGCUGCGACACACAGCAUUCGGCAUCACCUUUGUCCUCUGUAUCUCUUGUGUUCUGGGGAAAACUAUAGUGGUGUUAAUGGCCUUCAGGGCUACACGUCCAGGCAGUAAUGUGAUGAAGUGGUUUGGGCCUGCACAGCAGAGACUCAGUGUUCUGUUUAUUCUGGCUUUUCUUGCUCGGAAACUGCCUGAUAACUUCAAUGAGGCCAAACUGAUCACCUUCAGCAUGCUGAUAUUCUGUGCAGUCUGGAUCACUUUUAUUCCAGCAUAUGUCAGCUCUCCUGGGAAGUUCAGUGUUGCUGUAGAGAUAUUUGCUAUUCUGGCCUCCAGUUUUGGACUGCUCAUUUGUACUUUUAUUCCGAAAUGUUAUAUUAUCUUACUGAAACCGGAGAAAAAUACAAAAAAGAAUAUGAUGGAGAAAGGGGCAUCAAAGCAAUUUUGA